CCAAUUGAUGGUAAGAGCCGACGAUGUCGGCUCGGUCAUUGCCACCUGUCAGUGUCCAUCAGUGCCAGCUGUCAGUGCUCAUCCAUGCCACCUGCCAGUGCCCAUCAGUGCCUCAUCAAUGCCACAUAUCAGUGCUUACCAGUGCACAUCAGUGCCGCCUAUCAGUGCCGCCUAUCAGUGCCGCCUAUCAGUGCCAUAUAUGAGUGCCAUAUAUGAGUGCUGCCUUUUAGUGCCCAUCAGUGAUGCCUGUCAAUGCCCAUCAGUGCCACCUACCAGUGCCUCCUCAUCAGUGCCCAUCAGUGCCACCUAUCAGUGUCCAUCAGUGCAGCCUAUCAGUGCCCAUCACUGCAGCCUCAUU